UUUUUUUAUUUCAAAUGUCUCAAUACGGCAAAGCAGAAUACUGGGAAGAGCGAUACACGAGGUAAGCUCAUUGGAAUACACGGUUAGGGAUCCAGAACCAUUUGAUUGGUACCAGAGAUUUGCAGGAGUGAAAGAUCUGGUUCAAGCAUGUUUCACACCUGAGAGCAAGCUGUUGAAUGUUGGAGCAGGCAAUUCAAGUAUUGAUAAUGUUGAGUAUGUGAGGGUUGAGCGAGGAGAUGUUUGACGAAGGUUAUUAGAAUAUUACAAACAUUGACAUUUCACAUGUAGUUACCAAGGCAAUGUAGGAGAAGUACAAAGACAAGGGACCGAAUUUCAAAUGUAAGAGGCGUAAUUUUCCAUUAGAUUUACACAUGGAUGCGAGGGCAAUGGAUUUUGAAGAGGGAGCCUUUGAUGGGGCAAUUGACAAGGGAACUUUGGAUGCAAUCUUGGUAUCACUUCAAAUUGAUUAUAAGUGUGGAGAGUCGUCGUCCUCGAAUGCUUAGAAAGUGAUUCAGGAAGUUCAUAGAGUUUUGGGACCCAAAGGAGUUUUCUUUAUCAUUUCGUAUGGGUUGCCUGAGCACCGACUUCAGUACCUUGAGAAACCAGAGUAUGAUUGGUAUGCUGAAUUAAUGAUCAUAAUGCAGGAAUGUCGUAGUUAAAUAAGUUCACAAGCCCACUAUUUCAACAUCGAUUGCCAUCACAAAUGAGGACAAAGACGCUCCGAAUGUUCAUUAUAUUUAUAUUUGCACCAAAGUAGAAAUUUACUUUAAAUUUAGGGUCAACCCAAAGGAGCUAAAUAAUGAAUGGUAUAUAUAUAUAAUCGAC